GGCUCUGACUCUCGCCCGCUGGCCCCGCGCUUGUGGGGGGCGUGGGGGGAGCAGCGGCGCCCCCCGGCUGGGCGGGGCGUCCCGAGGGCCCCUCAGACCCCCGGCGCCAGGUCGGCCCGCCCUCCCCGCAGCCGCGGGUCUGCAGGGCAGAAGCCCGUGGGGGCCCGCUCUCCGGAGCAGCCCCACGGAGACCCCAGAGCCUGCAUCCCCACGGCCUGGAGGGGCACAAGCCAAGCGCGCUGCGUUUGCAAACCCAGCUGACUUGGAUUCGAAGUCCUGCCCCUUCCCCCUUCUAGCCGGCUGACCUUGGGCUGGUCCCUGGCCUCGUGCUGACCCUCGGGUGAUCCAUCCCCAAGAUGAGGGAUGACCCGAUCCCCGAGGACCCUUCGGCCGUCCUUAUCCGUUGAUCUCAGGUUGCUGACCGGAGCCCUCCCCUCGGUUCUUCGAGACCGAGGCGGGAGAAUCACGGAAAAGAGCGUUUUCUGCCUUAGCUGCUGACCCUCCUGCUUCGAGAAGUCGGGGGGGAGGGGAAGCCGUCCAGGAGGCAGCGACCUAGCGCAUCCCACCCCAAUGCUGGAAGAAGAAGCUCUGUAUUCUCAGGAGUCGGUCCAUUCUGAAGAAAGGAGACUAGGAGAUGAGGGUAUGGCUGGCGUGCUCUUGUCAGCCAGGUCUCAGGAAUCUGUGGCAUUUAAAGAUGUAGUCAUGGACUUCACCCAGGAGGACCUUCCUCAGAAAGACCCAUACGAGGACCUGAUGUUGGAGAAGUACAGCAACCUGGUUUUGCUGGGGCUUCCAGUUUCCAAACCUGAUGUGAACUCUGAGUUGGAGCAAGGAGAAGACUCAUGGAUACCCAGGAAAGAAGACCCAGGAAGCACCUGUUCAGACUGGGAGACUGUACCUAAGUCCAAAGAAUCACCUCCAAAUCCUGACGUUUUUGAAGAUAACUCAACUGCACCCAAAGAAGCAAUAAUGGAAACACUACCAAGAAUUGGAUCAAAGGACCCCACAUUUCAAGAGACCUGGGAAUGUGAUGGCAGACUAGAGAGGCAACAGGAAAACCAAGAGAGAGAUUUGAGGAAAGUAAAAAUCAUUCACAAGAAACCUUCCCCUAGAGAGAGAGGUCAUGAAGGUAGUGAACUUGGGAGGAAGUUUGGCCUGAGGUCAGUCCUUGUUACACAACAGAGAAUUCCUAUAGGAAAAAGCCUCCUUAAAUGUAAUACACAUAGAAAGAAUUCAGACCUAUUUAAACAUCAUAAGAUACAUGCUGGAGAAAAACCCUAUACUUGUAAUGAUUGUGGGAAAGGCUUCAGUUACUGCUCAUCCCUUUCUCAGCAUCAGAAAAGUCAUACUGGUGAGAAACCAUAUGAAUGUAAUGAAUGUGGGAAAGCUUUCAGCCAGAGCUCAUCCCUUGUUCAGCAUCAGAGAAUUCAUACUGGAGAGAAACCCUAUAAAUGUAACGAAUGUGGAAAAGCUUUCAGUCAGAAUGCAAACCUCACAAAACAUCAGAGAACUCAUACUGGAGAGAAACCCUAUAAAUGUAAUGAAUGUGAGAGAGCCUUUGGUGACUGCUCAGCCCUUAUUCAACAUCAGAGAAUUCAUACUGGAGAGAAACCUUAUGAAUGUAAUGAAUGUGGAAAAGCCUUCCGCCACAGUGCAAAUCUCACAAACCAUCAAAGAACUCAUACUGGAGAAAAACCCUAUAAAUGUCAGUGUGGAAAAUCCUUUGGUUAUUGUGCAGCCUUUAUUCAGCAUCAGAGAAUUCAUACUGGAGAGAAACCCUAUAAAUGUAAUGAAUGUGGGAAAGCCUUCAGUCAGAGUGCAAAUCUCACAAACCAUCAGAGAAUUCAUACUGGAGAGAAACCUUACAAGUGUAAUGAAUGUGGGAAAGACUUCAGCCAGAGUACAAAUCUCAUAAUCCAUCAGAAAAUUCAUACUGGAGAGAAACCAUAUGAAUGUAAUGAAUGUGGGAAAGCCUUCAGUGAUAGCUCAGCCCUUAUUAGACAUCAUGUCAUUCAUACUGGAGAGAAACCCUAUGAAUGUAAUGAAUGUGGGAAAGCUUUCAAUCAGAGCUCAUCACUUACUCAGCAUCAGAGAACUCAUACUGGAGAGAAACCUUAUAAAUGUAAGGAAUGUGGAAAAGCUUUCAGGUGUAGUUCAGCCUUCAUCAGACAUCAAAGACUCCAUACUGGAGAUAAAACCUAUGAAUGUAAUGAAUGUGGGAAAAAUUUCAAUGAGAGGUCAUGUUUAAAUAAACACCAGAGAAUCCAUACAGGAGAGAAACCCUACAAAUGUAAUGAAUGUGGGAAAGCCUUCACUGGUAGGUCAUCCCUUAGUAGACAUCAAAGAAUCCAUACUGGGGAAAAACCCUAUGAAUGUAAUGAGUGUGGGAAAGCCUUCAUUCAGAGUAUACAUCUUACUCGACAUCAAAGAAUUCAUACGGGAGAGAAACCCUAUAAAUGUAAUAAGUGUGGGAAACCAUUUAGAUGGAAUACACAACUUAUUCUGCAUCAGAGGAUCCAUACAGGAGAGAAACCCUAUGAAUGUAAUGAAUGUGGAAAAGCCUUUAGCCGCAGCACACACCUUAAUCAACAUCAGCUAAUUCAUACUGGAAAGAAACCGUAUGAAUGUAUUGUAUGUGGGAAGGCCUUCAAUGAUAGGUCAUCUGUCACUAAGCAUCAGCGAAUUCAUACUGGAGAGAAACCCUAUGAAUGCAGUGUAUGUGGGAAAGCCUUUCCUCACAGGUCAUCCCUUACUGAACAUCACAGAGUUCAUACUAGAGAAAAACCCUAUGCAUGUGAUGCAUGUGGAAAAGCUUUCAGCCGUAACACGUACCUUACUCAACAUCAGAGAAUUCAUACAGGAGAGAAACCCUUUGAAUGUAAUGAAUGUGGGAAAGCCUUUGGCCGGAGCACGAACCUUGCUCAACAUAAGAGAAUUCAUACUGGAUUAAAACCCUAUGAAUGUAAUGCAUGUGGGAAGGCCUUCAUUGAUAGGUCAUCCCUUUCUAAACAUCAGAGAGUCCAUACUGGGGAGAAGCCCUAUGAAUGCAAUGAAUGUGGGAAAGCUUUUAGCCACAUAUCUUCCCUUACGAAACACCAGCGAAUUCAUAAUGGAGAGAAAUUUUAGUUGAUGUGGAAAAUUCCUUAUAAAUUCAACCCAUACUCAACAUUAGAGAAUUCAUCCUAGAGAACACUGAGGUAGUGUGGGCAGUGAAAAGAGUUGGAUUUGGAAUCAGAGGACCUGGCUCACAUCCCAGCUCUUUCAACUUACCCUGUGACCUUGGGCAAAGUUAUUUAAACUUUCUGGGUCUUAAUUCCUCUUCUCUAAAGUAAGGAAGUUGAGCAAAACGAACUCUAAGAUUAUUUCCAGUUCCAAACCUAUGGUCUUUCAAGCAUCCUUUACCCAUUAAAGGAAUCAUAUUGGUGAGCAGUAAUAUGUACACAAAGAAUGUAGGAAAACUUUAAUGCAAAAUAUAGCACUUACUCAACAUUACAAUCAUGGAGAGUAACCAUAUGAAAGUGACAUGUAAGAAAGUCUUCAGAUGUACUUCAGCUCACAUCAAACAUUAGGCACUUUAAUGGAUCUGUGAUCUCCUUAAUGUGGAUACUCUCCAAUGAUGCUCAUUCUGAGCAACUUUUAUCUUCCCAUAAAUCUUCCACAGGGCAGUCUACCCAACAUGCUGGAAGUCUUCCUUUGAUUCUUGUGAAUCCUAUGCAUGCCUACAAAUGAAGCAUGUAGCCUCUUAAUCAGUUAUCACUCACUUUCACCACAUGAGCUACCUAACUUCUUUUCUGAUCAUGUGGCACUGUGACAUCCUGUAUGCCACUUCUCUGUUAUUUGUUGGAUGGGAAGUGUGUUACACAACCCACUCAUGCCCACCACUUGAAUUCUUUGGAGACAGUGGUAUUUUGUGGUUCAUAGCCAUACAGCAUCACUGAAAGAAUAUUGUUUUUAAAAAGGUGGGCCUUUGUUUCAGGAAGAAGCUUGGAGUCAUCAAAAAGACUGCACCGUUUCCCAAAUUCAAUCCAGCCUAGAGAUUGCUGUGCUCCUAUUCAAUCUUGGACCUAACUCUUUGUUAAUGUGCAGUCUUCCUAAGAUAAAUGUACUGAUAAACCAACUUUAUAGGCUGUCCAUCUAACUGCAUAUAAUAGUCAGGACAAUAGGCAUUAUUAAGCCACUUUUUUUUCCCUCUGGUAUGGAUAGUUAGGCAAACUAACAUUAACUGGAAUUUGUCUUAGAGAGUAACCAUAUGAAUGUUUCGUGUAAGAAAGUCUUUAAAUUCAGGUCAGCCCACAUAGAAAAUUAGAAACUUUAUUUUGAUUCUAUGAUGGAUCUGUAAUCUUAUUGAUAAGAGUAUUUCCUUCAGUGGAGCGGAUCACAGAUGAUCCAUGCUCCCUCAUUCUGUUCAAAUAUUAUCCACAUAUGUUUGAUAAAUCUUCCACAGGAGCUCCAGGUUUAAUGCAAUCCACACAAUGUCAGUCACAAACAGGAACAUAUGGAGGACCAUAGCAUUUAUAGUAAAUCUUCCAUUUGGAUUCUUUACUAAACAUCCUCCAUGAUGGUGGCAAAUAAGUUUGGCAACUACACAUUUCCCUUUUUUACACUUCACUUAACGCUAGUCUUGAGAGGGUUGUUGAUUGAAGUUUAUCUCAUAUUUUUCAAGGCAUCUUGUAUUAUUCCAAUAUGCAUGGGGGUAAUCCUAAGAACAUAAUGAAUUAAGAGAAAUCUUCUUUGACACCAAUCCUGUAAGUACUGGCUUUUCUUGCACGUUGCCUUUUAAUAGAGGAUUUCAACUAUAGCAUUCUUUCCUGUUUCCCCCCUCCUCCAUUUUAUUAGCCAUUUGAUGGACUUAAAUACGCAGUGGAACUAAAAUAAUGAGACUGACAUUUUAUGGAAAUGUACUAGAACUAAUGCAUCCAAUUGAGAAAAUUCAUUUUAAGGACAGAUCUGCUCUUUGCUACCUCACCUUGUAUUUAACUUUAGUUUUGGUUUUAAGGAAAGAAAAUUUUUUCUUUACAUUCACUCUAAAUUGAACAUAAUGUUAGAAUCUCAGCAGCUUAAAUUUUUUUUUUCAUUUCUAUGUAUUCUCUAUUCUCCAUUAAGUUCUCAUUAAAAUAACGUAGGAAACCAUUCCCUGACUUUUGUUCCUGACACUUAAUUAAUCUGGUUUUCCCACCCUCUGAGCUUCUUACUGGCACAGGGACUGUUGCAGAUGGCAGACAGUUAAUAAAUGCUUAUUGAAUUGAAUAAGAUACUACAAGGUAUAUUGAUGAGGGAGAAUGUCAUAAAAUGGGAAUUGACAAAGUUGGGGGAAUAUUCGGUAAGCUUAUGUAGUCAGAACUAUUUAUAUUUUAUAAUUCUAUUCCAUUGAUAUAUUUUUCUAUUUUCUUAAAUCUAGUACCAGAUAGUUUGAUUAUUACUGGUUUUGAAAUGCAAUAUGGUGAUAUACGCUUCAUUAACCUUUUUUUUUCAUGGUUCCCAUUGAUAACCCUUUUUCUUUUUGUGCUUCCAUGUAAAUUUUGUUAUUGUUUUUAUCUCUUUCUAAAAAGUGACUAAUUGAUAUUUAGUAUUAGCAUUAUUGUUAGUAUAUUUAAGUGAGGGAAUACCCUCUUCAAUUGCAGAUCUGUGGCAACCAUCUAUAAUUUGCUGUCCUAGCAACUUAUCUGGGAUUCAGGGAAGGUAAGUGACUUUCCGAUGGUCACAGAACUAGGUACGUGGCAGAGGUGGGUUUCAAUUCCAGUUCUUUCUGAUUCCAAGUGAAGCACUCUAUCCAUUAUGCCACACUACCUUUCUUGAUGUUGUAUUACAGCUAUAUAUUAUAUAUGAGAAAUAGUGACAGUUUUGUUAUACUACAUCAUUCCAACCAUUUUAGAGGCCAUUUCUCCAGUUAUUAUUUUUCUUUAUUUCUGUCAUAUAGUUUGGAAAUUCUCUUUAUAUAUGUCUUGGGUCUUAGUAAGUUAAUGCCCAAUAGUGGAUUUUUAAAAUUAUUAUAAAGAGUAUUUUUCUUCCUGUAAUUCUUCUUUCAUUUUAUUAAUGAUACAUAAAAAAUGCAGAUGAUUUUUGUAGGUUUAUCUUAUGCCCCCCUACUUAAUAUAGUCAUGCAUAUAUUAAUGCAUUCUGAGACUAAUUAAUUAAUCCUGAUUCUGAUUAGCUUUUAAGACCAGAUGAGAUCAGGUACCUCUCAAUCUCUUGGAUUUUCUAAAUAUAUAACAUAUUAUUUGGAAAUAAAGAUAGCUUAUUCAUUACAAAGAUACUUCUUUAAUUUGUUUUCAUGCCUUAUUGCUAUAGCUUGCAUUUCUGAAACUAUGGUGAAUAUUAAUGUUGAAAGUGAACAAAUCUGUUUUGAGUGAGAAUGUUUAUAAUGUUUCUCUAUUGCAUAUGAUAUGGUUUUAAAUAAAUACUAUAUAAAAUCAUA